AUGAAUAAAUUGGAGGACCUCAAUCCUUUGUUCUGCCCGUCGUCUAUAGGCGGACAGGAUAAUGCUCCGCUUGAUGAACGAAUGCCAACGAUGACCAAUUACUACAAGUUCGCAUUGGUGGGGAAGAUUAAUGCUUACUUCUACCAAAUACAAGAGUCUCCCGUGAAACGGGACACAGAGAACCCAGAAAAACCAAAGGAGGAACAGAUGUCGCCCCUGAAAAUGCUCCAGAAUUACGAGUCCACAGUACGGUCCCAAUUGGCCGAGGAUUACAGGAUAUCGGAUAUCCUCACUUAUGGAGCCAAAAAAGAGAUAUGCAUUUUCCGGAUGGAGACCACUCUCAACAAGCACGAUCAGGACCUCGGGUUCAACCAGUUAAAGGACGCAAUAGACAACUUGAUCAACGAGCAUAAGCUCUCGAUGAAACUGGUAUCGGCUAGCAGUUUCGACGCAAAUUCUGUGUUCAAACCGCAGCCGGCCCAUCAUCACGGCGCGAGGCCAGUCAGCAUUGUGUACCUGAGUUUCCUGCGAGCUUUGAAGAAGUAUCUCUGUCAGAAACUAACUAUUUCCCGGCCGGACGUUGAGAUUCUGCCUUUCGCCAACCAGCUUCUUGUCAAGUCGUCCGAGGACGCAUUUCGGAUCCUGAAGAUCAACGCUUCGCUCAGCAUCCGCAACGAGAUCAUCACCAACAUGACUGUCUGCGGCAUUCCCCAGUUUUACCGUCUCUCAACUCUGUUGGACGGAGAAUUCGAUAUCCUGAAAAACAACUACGUGCUGUACAUCUGUCCAUCCGGUGUCCGAUGCAGCUUUGCCAAUAUGAACAUGCUGGCCAACUCGAUCUCGUUCGAGCCGCCAUCCAACUAUGAGAACAUGCUUUCACUUCUGGCCGGAAAUUCAAACAUACAGCUCACUACCCCAUCGCGUUGGAUCAAACUGGUGCCAAACCUUAACCACAUGAACGGAUUAACUCCAAAAAUAGCAAAGUACCUGGAAAGUGCGGCACCGAACUCAAAGUACAUUAUGUGGCCCGCGGAGCUUUGUAUGAUUCAGUUUGCUGACGCAGAAAUUGAGCCUCAAGUGGAUAUCGAAGACUCGUUCAAUCUCAUUGAAGAGCUAAUGCAGGAGUCCGAAGAAGUCCCGGAUGUUAAAAUGGAGCAGAUCGAGGAAGAGCCAGAGACUCACACAGACGUCGAAAUGGAUCAGGUCAAGGAGUCUCCCGGAAAUUGGGACGACUUAUUUGGGGACGAGUCUGCAGACGAUGAAGUUGAAGAAUCCCCUCCAAGUGAAGAGACCAAAGAACGAAUAGAGUUUGAGUCGAGUCCUGUGAAUCAAACCCAGGACUUCAUUGAACAGAGCUCAACCAAUCCUUUUUACGAAGACCCGGGAGCUCCUUCGCCGGUGUCGUUUCAGAUAUUUGCAUCUCCAAGUCCUCAGACAACAGAUAUGUCUUCCACAACCGAGGAGCCGCACAUUGGAACUCCCAAAGGUACUCCCAAAGAUCUCAAAAAAUCGAUAUUUGCUCCGCUGAACUUCAACCCGCUCAUUGAAAAAGACAUAGACAGCAAGUAUUCCAAUGGCGGAAAGUUCUUUGUGAAGAACGAUUCACAAAGCGCUCGUUCGCAGGAGUCUGCGUCGACAACACCGACUUUCUGGAAGAAUAAAAAAGCCGAAAGCGAUUUCGAAGACCAGGAUUUGAUCAGUGAUAGUGAAGAAGAUGUAGAGGAGGAAGAGGAGGACCAAGAGGAGGACCAAACAGGACUGGGAAUCAGUAUUCAGUCGAUCGCCAAAAACACAGGAAUCUUAUCGUCCAUCACUGCCUUUGCUCCACCUCUUGCCAGCCAGCCGACUGCACCUGUUGUGUCGCAAGAAAUUCAAAAUUGGCUGUUCUGGAUCCUCAGGGGGCCUCCUAUUUGCACAAUCCCACCACGAUUUCUUACCCAAGGAAAUCCGCAUAUCUCCAAGGACCGGAUUGACCAAGUGCUUCCAAUCUUACAGGAGUUGACGUUGUACUCCUCAGAUUCGGAUAAUAUGUUUCGGGAGAAACCAGGCGAGGUACCCGAAACUUUGGAAAAGGUGAUACUGGACGUUUUCCCUGGUUCAUCCAAAGUGAGGCUUUAUGAGCUAUUGGACUGCGUUCGUACAACGCCAGAGGUGAAGCUUUUUGAUAGUCUUUUUGGCAAUACACAGGAAGUGAUCAAGCUUGAGGUUCCAAGGUUCGAUUUCGACGACCCCAGCUUUGCAACCACCUCUCCGUUGAUGAACGUGGUUGAAACCGAAAACAAACGCCAUUCGGGAGUCUUUAGGGAUAACACCAACUCUGCAAUUUUGGAUUCUGUUCAACGGAACUCGUUGUUUCGCAUUCCAACCACGCUUCUCAACACCAAGAGAAACAAUAAUCAGAUGAAAAUUAACGAGACAAGUCUGGAUUACUGGAAACUGUUGGAUCUUCAGCCAUUCAAGGAGCCUAUAAAUACCAGAGUCGUCUUUAUCAUUCCUAAGAGUACGCCUUUCCUGCGGGAAAAGAGCCGGCUUUUUUUGAGCGAUCUUGCUUCCACCUACCAAAGCUGCAAUCUUGGUAGUAUGAAACAAUUACAGGACCUGCUCGAGAUCGAUGCAGAUAACGAUGAACUCUUCUUACAGACCGUUAAGGACCGUCUUGGUGACCUUGCUUCGUCGCUCAAGAACCAGUAUCUCGUCGAUUACGAGUCCCAGAAAGACCCUGUUCUUGUGCUCAUUGGUGUCACCAGUACCAGCAUGCAAUUCACAGCCAAUCUGGCUGACGUACUGGAGCAGUUUCAAUCGUCCUUGACUCAGAAAACAAUUGAUUUCGAGAUGGAUGAGGACGCACGCAAGCGUAGAAAGAAGAAUGAGAGCGAUGCUUCAACUAUCCCAAUUCCGAUCCGUUCAUUUUAUAAACUCAUUCCCUUGCAGGACUAUUUCCCAAGCAACGGCUCUUUCGCAGUCAUUUCGUGCAAGAAAAUGAUUGAGACUGCUCUUCAGCUUUAUGAGCUAUGCCCUGGCAACGAGAAGUUUCAGCCCUUUAAGAACAGAGCCCGAGUGAUGUCUAUUUCUCGAGAGCUUCCCCAGAAGAUUCCAUUCGUGAUGACCAAGAACCCUGUCUCGUCAGGCUUGAUAGUGGACGAUCUCUAUCUUCACGUUUGUUACGAAAGAUCCAUCGACAAGCACUGGUGCGUGGCCAGCUGGACCGAUCAGUACGGAGAAAUCAACUUUGUGAGAUCCUGGUACAUCGCACCAGAAUCAAAAUGGCACAACUUUGAAGAAGUCUCUGACGAGAUACUGUCCACGACGUUGGAAUACGUUGCCCAUCAUCCAGGAAAAACGUAUGUGAUCCUGACCAGACUGAACAAUAUCAUUCCAGACGACGAGUUGACUGAAUGGAAACGGCUAUCUAUUAAAAAUGGCAAGCUGGUUUUAAUCGUUCUGGCUGUUGAAUUGGAACCGUCCACGCUGAUUUUAUCUCACAUUCAAAAGCAAAAAGAUGAAAUCAAGGACAUGUAUUCUGUGAAAUUCACGGCUGGAUCGACAACAUCCCAGAUGAUGACUCCUAAUGUGGCUAAUAGAAUUGAGAGUCCAAUGGCGGGCCAAACUCCAUCUUUUGAUCCUGCUGCUUCUCCUAUGGAUACCACAGGGAUAUCUUCAUCGCAACAACCGUUAAUGGAGAACCCAGAACUGGUGGAACUCUCGAACGAGUGCUACGGACUUAUAUUCCAAGUUGCCCAGCAGUUAUCUAAUCAGUCGAUCCGAAUGCCGUUGAGAACCGGUUUCUUGGUCAAUUCUGGGAUUCGCACCAGUGAGGGCUAUCCAACAGGUGCAAUCAUCGAGCUGAACCUCUUGAGUUGCCAAGCUGGAGUGGUUUCAAUUGACUUGCUAAAAAAGCUCAUUUGUCAGUACAAGCAUCUUGGCGUCCUGAACAGAAAUGGCAUCUGCCCGUGGCAUGUUCACGCGGUGAGAAAGAUGUUGGACUACUUAGUGCAUGUACAGAUCGAAUAA